GCACAAGCCAGCAGCAGGGCACAUGGCUCACCCCUGUAGUACCAGCACUUCGGGAGGCUGAGACAGAAGGAUGGCUUGUGGCCAGGAGUUUGAGACCAGACUGGCAACACAGGGAGACCCUGUCUUGAGCACUGAGCAAGGCAAGCUCAGUCCUCCGACACACUGUGCUCAUUCAUCUCCUUUCUUAGGCUGUGCUGGUCUGGGCAAACUGCUGUAUUUCUUUGGUAGGCUGCUAAGUUCUCUGGAUUGUGAAUUUAAAACAUGUUUUACAGUAAAUUUGGUGCCAAGACAAAAGCUGUAUUUCUCCAGCAAUGAAUUCCUCAUUUCACCUGCAUUUCUCGGAUCUCAACCUGAAUGCCACAGAGGGCAACCUUUCAGGACCCAAUGUCAAGAACAAGUCUUCACCAUGUGAAGACAUGGGCAUCGCCAUGGAGGUGUUCCUCACUCUGGGUGUCAUCAGCCUCUUGGAGAACAUCUUGGUCAUAGGGGCCAUAGUGAAGAACAGAAACCUGCACUGCCCGAUGUACUUCUUUGUGUGCAGCCUGGCAGUGGCUGACAUGCUGGUGAGCAUGUCCAAUGCCUGGGAGACUAUCACCAUCUACCUACUCAACAACAAGCACCUAGUGAUAGCAGACACCUUUGUGCGCCACAUUGACAACGUGUUUGACUCCAUGAUCUGCAUUUCUGUGGUGGCGUCCAUGUGCAGCUUGCUGGCCAUCGCGGUGGACAGGUACAUCACCAUCUUCUAUGCGCUGCGCUACCACCACAUCAUGACGGCGAGGCGCUCGGGUGCCAUCAUCGCCGGCAUCUGGGCUUUCUGCACGGGCUGUGGCAUUGUCUUCAUCGUGUAUUCCGAAUCCACCUAUGUCAUCGUGUGCCUCAUCUCCAUGUUCUUCACCAUGCUGUUCCUCCUGGUGUCUCUGUACAUACACAUGUUCCUCCUGGCACGGACCCAUGUCAAGCAGAUCGCGGCUCUGCCAGGGGCCAGCUCUGUGCGGCAGAGGACCAACAUGCAGGGUGCGGUCACCCUCACCAUGCUGCUGGGCGUGUUUAUCGGGUGCUGGGCCCCAUUCUUCCUCCAUCUAAUUUUAAUGCUUUCUUGCCCUCAGAACCUCUACUGCUCUUGCUUCAUGUCUCACUUCAAUAUGUACCUCAUACUCAUCAUGUGUAAUUCCGUGAUCGACCCUCUCAUAUAUGCCUUCCGCAGCCGAGAGAUGCGGAAGACCUUUAAGGAGAUUAUUUGUUGCCAUGGCUUCAGAAUUGCCUACAGGUUCCCCAGAAGGAAUUAAGCACAAAGUGCUCCUCUCUGUAACCCUUUUCUCCUUUAUUUGCUCACCUAUGACAUAGCGACAGCCGAGGGGUAGGCAAGAUCACUAGCAUCCCCUUUCUCUCUUUCCCAGCUCAGACAUGGGCCUGAGGCUCUCUUGGUUCAGUUCCUAGUGACUGUCUGACAUGCAAGGGUUGCUUAUCCACUCUGGGAACAGUCAGAGCAAUUUCUUACUGUCCUUUUGCAUCCUAUGGUGGCUACCGCUGCCACCCAUUUCUGGGGGCCCCACCCACUCUCCACCUAGCAGGCAUGUGCUCGGGGAAUGCACAGCAUCCAGAGUGAACACCAGGAUUGUGAUGGGAAGGAAAGCUGUGAUAUCGACGCCAGGUGGGAUUGCUGCUUCUCCGCAGAAGCAGGUCCGCACUCUGCUGGCUGCACUCUGAGCUAUGCACGCUUUUCAGGGAAGAACACAGUGGCCUGAUUCUUUCCAUCGGAAGCAUCCUGUUCAUUUACUCUGAGAUGUCUUCUUGGCUGUCCUUGCCUAAACUUUUGAUUUGUGGUUUGUGUUCAUAAUUGUCCAAAGGUGGAAUUUUCUUAACUAUACUUUUGUCAAUCAUGGUCUUGCACUUACCCAGACAUAAAACCUCAUGCUACAAACCUUGCCUUAUGUGCUGUGGAAGUCUUUGUGACUCUUACUGUCUUAUCUGGGCUCAACCCCGGGCUUCCAAAUGGGUGUCUGGGGGCAUUACAGGGGUUCAAGGUGCCCAUUGCUGCUUGUAGCACACGCUCACAGCCAAACUUGCUUUGAAUGGCUCACAGUGGAUCUGCGUUGGAGUCUCAACUCUGGCAUGUCAAUCUCUCUUUAGUAGCCAAUGAAGGUCAGGGCCCAGCCUAUUCCCCAGGGAGCCCCAUCUUCUCCAACCUGGACUGAAGCAGAGAAACCCGAGUUCAGGUCCUAACCCUGCCAUUCACUCCUGUGUGGCCUGAAUCAUCUCAUUUCAGGUUCCACAUCUGCACUGACUGCACACGAUGGCCAUGAGAACUGCAAAAUUGUGAGAGCUUCUUAUAAAUUUGUAAAGCACUGUAGGGUUUGCUUUUCAUUUUAAAGAA